UCCCCUACUCCAAGCCACCUUUCUCUCUCUCUCCCCCCGCGCCAAGAAUUGCCACACAACACAGGGAGCCCAGCCAGAACACAAGCUAGCUAGGAACCCAUGAGGUCCGCACCAAGUGUGCCCACAUCGAUGUCGACAUCUCCGGCGGCACCACCACCGGCGGCCGACGCGAUGCCGACCUCUCCGUGGCACUCGCCUGUGCCGUACCUGUUCGGCGGGCUGGCCGCCAUGCUGGGCCUCAUCGCGCUGGCGCUCUUCAUCCUCGCCUGCUCCUACUGGAAGCUCAACAGCUACCUCGACACCGGCGUCAACGCCUCGUCGUCCAACCCCGGCGCCACGGACGGCGACGGAUCCAAGUCACCCGCGGCCGCGGUCGCGACCUCUCCGGCGGCCUUCGCGGACCUCGUUGCCGUCGUCAUGGCUGGGGAGAAGGUGCCGACGUUCCUGGCGGCGCCGAUAGUCCGCCGAGCCAGCGACGAAGUCUCUGCCGGCGAGGGAUGGUCGGGUACGGAGGAGGUGAAGAACUGCGGCAAGGCGGGCGAGGGGGAGAGGGGCGCGGUCGCCGACGCUGAGCGAGACCGACAACUGGAUCACGUAUGAACUGCGAAUGGAGAAGAGAAAUUUCCUUCUCUUUUUUUUAAGUCGGAUCCUUUACCCGGAGCUUUCUUUGAAACCUAAUUAACGGGGGUGUGCGAUGUCGGGUUCGAACUCCGACGGGUUCGAUGGUCACUCCCUUUGGCUUUGCCAAUCGGACUCUUUGCCCAUUCGCAAUUUCCUUCUCUCCUUCACCAAAUUUUGUUUGGUUUCAGCUCUGUCGUGGCUUGUAAAUAAUUUCAUAGAAGCAAUAAUGUAUCAAGAAAAAUCGUACUAUUCGUGAGAGGGGAAAAAAUCUUGGGGUUUCUUUUAUAUGAUU